CGGUAAUGCACACAAUGAAGAGCUUCACCUUAAUAACAGCCUUACUUCUCUGCAGCCUCAGCUGGAUCUCUGACUCAGUUUCUGAGUCUCAGACUGUGGAGGUCCAGUCUGGUGAAGAAGUCACUCUGCUGUGCUCCAACAUUUCCAGAACUCCAACUCAGACAGACUGGUUCAGACUGAUCAACAGAACCAAACCCAGCUGUAUCUCCUCCAUGUUCACGUCUGAUCGGAAUGCUUCAUUCUGUCACGGAUUUCAAAAUGGAAGAUUUGAAAUGAGCUCCAAUGUCUCCACUGUCUUUCUUAAAAUCAAAAAAGUGGAUUUAUCUGACUCUGGACUGUAUUUCUGUGGAUUUUACGUGAAGACACAUACAGUCAUUGCCUGUGCAACACAUUUAAAUGUUCCAGGUAUUGGUGACUCUGAUGAUGAAGUGGAUUUUAAGACUAAAAAGGAGCUGGAUGGAAUUACAAACCUAAUGAGUUUGAUCCUGGUUGGUCUGACUGUUUUCCUCACUAUAGUCGUCAUUGUUCUGGCUGUUAAAAUCAGGAAACUUCAGACAGCUGAGAAUGAAGAACUGCAGCCAGAGGAAAACAAGAAUCUGGGCUCAGAUGACCUGAACUAUGCAGCUCUAAGUUUCCAGGCAAAACUGAACAAACCCCGCAGGCCUGCAUCUCAGAGAGAGCUGGAGCCAAAUGUUGUGUAUGCUGCCACCAGAUAGACUCAGAAAGCAACUGGAACUGCAGCUCUGAGUGGAACUGAUGCUUUAUGAUAUUAAUCUACUGUUGUGCUUUUGUGUGUGCGUAUAGUGAGUGGAAUGAGUCACUGUCA